AUGGUGUUGGCAGCGCUGGGGCACAACGUGGGCCACCCUGGUUUCACGAACUCCGCGUUGGUUUCUUGUCGAAGUUUGAGCGCGGUUUUGUUCAACGAGAAAUCUGUGCUGCAGCGUUUUCAUUCUUAUUUGCUGCUGUCGCUGUUGGAGCGGGAAGACGCAAACCUCUUUUUAGGGUUUACGGCGGAGCAGCAGCAAACCGCCAAACACCGCGUCACCCGCGCCAUCCUCGCCACCCAGCCCGACUCCCACUUCCUCCUCGCCGACGCUCUCCAAACCCUCAAAAACGCAAACCCUAAUUCAGCGACUCCCGCCGCCCUCCUCGACGAGGCCACCCGCGACGCCUGCCUCAUCCGCGCAGCUGACAACGCGUGGGUGCUGGCAAACUUUCCUCUUCACCGAAAAUGGGGAGAGAGGAUGCUGCUCGAAUUGCACUUCCAGAACACUCUGGAAGAGGCCUUGAAAAUCCCUCAGAGCGCCCCCAGCGUUGUUCUGCCCACAGAAAACUGUUUGGCCACGACGAUGAUUCACUACAUCGAUAAUAUCUUCGUUCCCUUCUACUCUAUCCUCGCCUGGUUCUUCCCGGGUGACCUCGACACGAGGGUUUGCGUCAUGCAGGCCAACAGCGCCACGUGGGAGCGGAUGCGGCAGGAGAGCGCGAGCAGCGAAACUGUGCCGGGGGGCGAAGAAGCCAAGGAAAUGCGGCUGCUGUCUUUGCUGCAGCAGCUGCGAGCAGCAGAAGCAGAAGUGCAGCAGCAAAGUUUGAAAAAGAUUGAAGAGGAAGCAGGAGAGCAGCAGUUCAUAGACUGCUACCAGUACGACGAACAGCCCUACAGGCUCCUCCUGGAGGAGCAGCAGCGGCUGCUGGAGGAGCAGCAGCGGAAGCAAGACGAGCUGGAGCUGCAGCGGGAGCUGUUUUUAGAAGCAGCAAGAAAGGCUGAAGAGCAGCAGCAGCUAAAAGAAGAACAAGAAAAGAGAGAAAGAGAAGAACAAGAAAGAAAAAGAAAAGAAGAAGCAGAAGCUCAACAGCGCCGGCGCGCAGAGCGGCGUCGGCGGCGGGCGGAGGCUGGCAGCGACAGCGGGAUAAGCAGCAGCAGCAGCAGCAGCAGCAGCAGCAGCAACAGCAGCAGGUGCCCCUCUGACGGGGAGCAGCAGGGCAGCAGCAGCAGCAGCAGCAAAGAGAAGCAGCGGGUAAGUUCUCCAGUUGCUGAGGGUUUCCGCAACGUGCUGGAGAAGGAGAUUUCCCGCAGCCGCAGGUAUUCGCAGCAAGCAGCAGCAGGAGCAGCAGCAGCAGCAGCAGCAGCAGCAGCAGCAGCAGCUCCAGCAGCAGCGGACGAGCGCGCAGCACUGGGGGGCCCCCUGGGCUUCCCCGGGGGCCCCCCGGGGGCCCCCGAAACGCCAGGGGGGCCCCUGGGGGCCCCCGAAGUCCCCGGGGAGGCCCCCGGGGAGGCCCUGGGGCCCCUCCCGAGCAACUUAAUGGAAGAACUCGAACCCGAAAUUGAACCCUCGGGGGGCCCCCUGGGGUUCGAAGCAGAUGUGCAAGCUGUGGCUGCUUUGCUGGCGAGCAAAAUAAUAGAAGUUACUGCCGAGGGCAGCAGCAGGGAGCAGGAACCCCAGAGCAGCAGCAGCAGCAGCAGCAGCAGCAGCAGCAGCAGCGGCAAGGACGGAGGCGCGGCUGCGGCGCCGGCAGGCCAGCAGCAGCAGCAAACUCUCAGGGGCGAGCAGCAGCAGCAGCCGCAGCAGCAGCUGCUGCAGCAGCAACAGCAGCAACAACAGCAGCAGCAGCAGCAGCAACAGCAGCAGCAGCAGCAACAGCAGCAGCAGCAACAGCAGCAGCAGCAGCAACAGCAGCAGCAGCAACAGCAGCAGCAGCAACAGCAACAGCAACAGCAGCAGCAACAGCAGCAGCAGCAACAUCAACAACAACAGCAACAACAACAACAACAACAACAACAAAAUGCGCAGCAGCAAGUGCAGCGGCAACAAGUGCAACAGCAACACCAAGCGCAGCAGCAACAACAACAGCACCAAGAGCAGCAGCAGCAGCAGCAGGAAGCGCAGCAGCAGCAGCUAAACCAGAAGCAACAGCAAGCGCAGCACCAGCAGCAGCAACAAGCGCAGCACCAGCAGCAACCACAGCAUCAGCAGCAACAACUGCAGCAGCAACAGCAGUUGCAGCAGCAACAGCAGCAGCAACAACAACUGCAGCAGCAACAGCAGCUGCAGCAGCAACAGCAGCUGCAGCAGCAACAGCUCCAGCAGCAACAGCAGCAGCAGCAACAGCAAGUACAUCAGCAACAGUUGCAGCAGCAACUACAACAGCAACAACUGCAGCAGCAGCAAUUGCAGCAGCAUCUGCUGCAGCAGCAACAAACGUAUCAGCAGCAGCAGCAGCAUUUGCAGCAACAGGCACAGCAACAACAGCAGCUACAGCAGGCGCAGCAGCAGCAGCACAGCCCCGCAGCCGCAGCAAACACUGCAGCAGCCCCCACAGCAGCAGCAGCAGCAGCAGCAGCAGCGACGCUGGAAGCCACAAUAUCGCCCGCAGCAGCAGCAGCAGGAGCGCUGCAGGCAACGAUCUCGCCGGCCGCAGCAGCAAACUGGACAGCAGCAGCAGCAGCAGCCCCAGAAGAAGCAGCAGCAGACUGGGGAGCAGCAGCAGCAGCCCCGGAAGCAGCAGCAGCAGCAGCAGCAGCAGCAGCAGCAGCAGCAGAAGGCAUUGAGCUGCAGCUAGACCAGUAUGGAUUUGUCUAUGAUGAACACGGCUUUGCUUAUGACGCCCAGGGAGUCUGCAGAGGCUACUUCGGGGGAGACGGGACUUUCUAUUACUUCGAAACGGAGCAGCAGCAGCAGCAGCAGCAGCAAGAGCAGCAGCAGGAGCAGCAAGUGCAGCAGCAGCAGCAGGAUCAGCAGCAGCAGCAACAGCACCAGGACCACCCGCAGCAGCAAUAA